UUUGUUGUUUGGUGUUGUGGUUGUCAUUGCGUCAUGGGAAGAAAGAUGUGAACAUUGGAGCUUUAUUUUUUUUGUAUUCGGAUUUUCAGGGUACCUAAAGAGAAAUAAAGAAGAAAAGAAGAAGAUGAGGGAAGGAGGAGGGUGUUAUGGGAAGCUCGGAUCAAAGUUCAGGGGUUGUAAUUACUGUAAGAGAUGGGCAGCAGCAUACAAUUACCCUCUUUCUUCAGAACAUUACCAUUCUCAUCAUAAGAGGCAUCACUCCCACUUUUUCUUCAAAGCAAAAAGACAAUUGAAGAAGAAAUUCCAAUACAACAUCCAUGCCCCACCUAGUGCCCCUCUCAACACCACUUCUUACCUUAUCAACUCCAAAUCUCAGUACUCCCCAUUUUCAUUAUCACCGCCUGCUGUCUUAGAUAGCUAUGGUUCCAUGAAGGGUCUGUUAGCCCUCCAUCUAAUGACUGAAGAAAAUCCAGCCCUGGUGUUGUCACCAUCAAACUCUAGAUUAGUACCAAAACUGCUCGAGUUGAGGAUAAGGAAGCGAGAUGAGCGGAUAGCACAGAUAGAGGAAGAGAGGGGGAUGAUGAAGGAGAGGCUGAUUUGCAUGGAAGAGGAGUUGGACGGUCUCAAGGAUAGGGUGAGAGUACUGGAGCUGAGCAAUGCAGUGAGGGUCGUCUCUGAUGCCUCCCAUCAAGCUUCUUUCUCUUGAAAUAACCAUUUCUUUUUUUUCAUUUUUUUCUCUCCUUGUGCUGUAUAUACUAUAUAUACGGCUUUUGUACAUACCCUCUCUUUUUAAUUAAAA